CACAGGGCAGCUCCCUCUCUCCUGGCAGGAAGUGUUGUGACUUGCCGCCUGGAGUCUUUGUGAGCCAGACAGGAAUGCUGGUGUUCCAGAUCAGCUCUGAAAGGCGUGGAGGGAGCACACUCUGCCGCUCGCAGUCACUGAAGGAGCUCUCGCAGGACCAGUGACGCUCUCAGACUAGCAGCUGCAGGUUGUCUCCGGGGUGAUGGCAGGAAAGAUCUCUAAAGAGGAGCUGGAGGAGCUGCGGGAGGCCUUUGGGAAAGUGGACUUGAACAGCAACGGCUUCAUCUGCGACCAUGAGCUGCACGAUCUGUUCAAGGAGGCCAAUCUACCCCUGCCUGGGUACAAAGUCAGGGAGAUUAUCGAAAAGCUGAUGCAGGAGGGUGACCGCAACAAAGACAACAAGAUCAGCUUCGAUGAAUUUGUCUCUAUCUUCCAGGAGCUGAAGAGCAGCGACAUCGCCAAGAGCUUCAGGAAGGCCAUCAACCGGAAGGAGGGCAUCCUGGCCAUCGGGGGCACCUCAGAGCUGUCCAGCGAGGGCACCCAGCACUCCUUCUCAGAGGAGGAGAGGUAUGCGUUUGUGAACUGGAUCAACAAAGCCCUGGAAAAUGACCCAGACUGCAAGCACGUUCUGCCCAUGGACCCCAACACCAACUCGCUGUUCAAGGCAGUGGGCGACGGCAUCGUGCUCUGUAAAAUGAUCAACCUGUCGGUGCCCGACACGAUCGACGAGAGAACAAUAAAUAAGAAGAAGCUGACGCCGUUCACUACUCAGGAGAACCUGAACCUGGCCCUGAACUCGGCCUCAGCCAUCGGCUGCCACGUGGUCAACAUCGGGGCGAUGGACCUACGGGAAGGCAAGCCCCACCUGGUGCUUGGUCUGCUGUGGCAGAUCAUCAAGAUCGGCCUGUUCGCCGACAUCGAGCUCAGCAGGAACGAAGCCCUGGCUGCCCUGCUGAGAGAGGGCGAGACCCUGGAGGACCUGAUGAAGCUGUCCCCCGAGGAGCUGCUGUUGCGCUGGGCCAACUUCCACCUGGAGAAUGCCGGCUGGAGCAAGAUCAACAACUUCAGCUCCGACAUCAAGCUAACAGACUUCUCUAAUUCAGUGAAGGACUCCAGGGCCUACUUCCACCUCCUGAACCAGAUCGCCCCCAAAGGGACCAAAGAAGAUGAGCCCCGCAUUGACAUCAACAUGUCCGGCUUCAGCGAGAAGGACGACCUCAAGAGAGCUGAGUACAUGCUGCAGCAGGCUGACAGGCUCGGCUGCCGGCAGUUCGUCACCCCUGCCGAUGUCGUCAGCGGCAACCCCAAACUCAACCUGGCCUUCGUGGCCAACCUCUUCAACAAGUAUCCCUCCCUCACGAAGCCCGAGAACCAGGACAUCGACUGGGGGAGACUGGAAGGUGAGACGCGAGAGGAGAGGACGUUCCGUAACUGGAUGAACUCGCUAGGGGUGAACCCCCAUGUCAACCACCUCUACGGUGACCUGCAAGACGCCCUAGUCAUCUUGCAACUGUACGAGAAGAUCAAGGUUCCAGUCGACUGGAACAACAAAGUGAACAAGCCACCAUACCCCAAAAUUGGGGCUAAUAUGAAGAAGCUGGAGAACUGUAACUACGCUGUGGAGCUUGGGAAGCACGAGGCCAAGUUCUCUCUGGUGGGCAUCGGCGGGCAGGACCUGAAUGACGGCAACGCCACCCUCACGCUGGCCCUGGUGUGGCAGCUGAUGAGGAGAUACACUCUGAACGUUCUAGAGGACCUUGGAGAUGGACAGAAAGCUAAUGAUGACAUCAUUGUCAACUGGGUCAAUAAGACUUUGGCUGAGGCGGGCAAGACUUCCAAAAUAUCAAGCUUCAAGGAUAAAGAGAUUAGCUCCAGCCUCGCUGUUGUGGACUUGAUCGAUGCCAUUCAGCCAGGCAGCAUCAACUAUGAGCUGGUGAAGACAGGCAGUCUCUCAGAUGAGGACAAGCUGGACAAUGCCAAAUACGCCGUCUCCAUGGCCAGGAAGAUCGGAGCCCGUGUCUACGCCCUCCCCGAUGACCUGGUGGAGGUCAAACCCAAGAUGGUGAUGACGGUCUUCGCCUGUUUGAUGGGGCGAGGGAUGAAGCGGGCGUAAGGGUCCAAGGCGCCGGGGCCAGCAACAGAGCCGACGUCUCGCCCACAAGCCAUUUGCUGGUUGAAAGGCUUCUGGUUAAAGGAAUUAAUACAGCCAUCGUUUGAAAUAAAUCUAUCGACAGACAUUUAAACUAAAGAAUCAUUUUGCUUGUCAAGACUGGAAUCAUGACGGGGUGUUGGAGGAAGGGUGGGGGGGUUGUAUUGUUGGGUUACAGAAAAGACUGAAAUGUCUUUUUUUUCCCCCACAAAAGUGUGAUGGAUGGAUCUGCGAAGGUACACAUUGAAAUGCAUUCAUAUCUUAAAUCUGCAAAAUGACUUGGUACACAGAGGCCCCAGUGGGCUAGAGCCAUGCGAGACUCCUUGUAUGUUUUACCUGCAUAUUUGUUUUGUUUCUUAGGGAUGUGUAGAUUGAGACGGGUGUAGUUUGCUCUGUGGAUCUUAGAAGCUUGGGGUUAUUUUUAAUGGACUGUACAUCUCAAUUGUGAUGGUUUUUGGAAGUGAAAAACGAGGCUCACCACACUCAGUAUUGCUGUAACGCAGUGCUUUCCUUUGUGGCUUUUUGUACCAUUCAAACGGAGGCUUAUUUUCUUAUUUUUAUACCUAUAUACAAUGUACCAAAAAACCAACAACACAAAAUACAACCUUUCCAGGUAGAAGCUUUAAAACAUUCCAUAGUUAUGAACGCAUUUUAGUAUGUGUCUUGCGUGCGUGUAUACAUAAAUGUGCUUUUUACAUAAAGGAAAAAAAACAAGGAACUAUGCAUGAAUGAAUAAUCUGAAGUUGUCAGUACGUACCCCCAGAGCCAGACAGAUUAUUUGACCAGAUCGGUUUUGUGCUGUAUUGGUCAUGAGUUGGAAAACUGGGGGAAGAUGGCAGCAUGGCAAAGCAAAUAAACCGCUGCAAAAGGAUCAAAGCUGGUGGAGAGGAGCAGAAAUGGUGUAAAAUAGUCACCACUGGUUCAAAGGACCUAACAAGGCGGAGAAAACUGGAAAAGGUGAACCAUAUGACGCUUGGUAAUUUACAGAUGACCAAACAGCUCAAUUAAAACAUGGCAGCAAGGCCUGUGUCUGAGUGACAGCUGGUGAAACUGAAAUAAACCUAUUCCAAGCAUUGA